AUGCAGCUCCAACGACGCCCACGCGCAUCUCUCACGCCCCAGCAGCUUCGUGAGUGGUACGCUCAGAGUGGAGGGUCUCUCAGUUCUGUUCGCUGGUCUUACGUGAUUCGCACUAAUGCUUGGACUGGUCAGCCUUGUGGGACGCCUAGUCACACACCGUCCCACUGCUUUGCCCGUCUGAGCGACGCCUGGCGUACCGAGUUUGGCGACGAGGCUCAGCUCCCUGACUGGGUGGAGUUGCUUAGGCAGAGGGUAGAUAUAUUUGCUCUUGACUAUGAUGCUAUUCUCACUGCCAUGUAUGCAUUGCCUACUAGUGCUGACCGUGCCAGUCACCUGUGCGUACCGCCUGACCCGGGUAUAGAUCCUGCUGCUCUAGCUGCUGGUGCGGCUGCUGCUCUGGGUGCUAGUGUGUCUCCCGCUCCAGGUACAGGUGCGGCUGCUGCUCUAGGUGCUAGUGAGUCUGCUUCCUCAGCUGCGGGUGAGUCUGCUCUCUCAGGUACCGCGUCGGCUCCGGCCUCUCACACCUUCACCCUUGACUCGGGGGCUUCCCGCUCCUUCUUUCGAGACUGCACCACACUCACGCCGCUUGGUCGGCCAGUUGCAGUCUCUCUGGCAGACCCCUCUAGGGGCCCUGUCCUUGCUCACUUCUCCACUGUCCUCCCGUGUCCGGUGGCCCCUUCUGGCACCCUGUCUGGUCUUUACCUCCCCUCGUUCUCUACGAACUUGGUGAGUGGUGCUGACCUGCAGGAUGCGGGGGUUCACCAGUUCACUCCUGCGAGUCAGCGGGUGACCCACUGCACAGAUGCUCGGACAGGCCGACACCUGGCCACGUUUACUCGUCGGCCGGGGUCGAGCGUGUACACACUGACCACUGCGUCUCCUCCAGUUGUUGAGCCUGGUAGGGUAGCUGCAUCGGUGUUUGCUGCAGCGUCCAGGUCUGGUCCUGAGUCUGCCCCCUGUUUGUGUCGUCUCCUGUCUCACGAGACUCUCCUCUGGCACCACCGCCUUGGUCACCCCUCUCUGCUUCGGCUCAGAGGCAUGGCCUCUCGUCUUCUUAUUUCUGGUCUCCCCCGGUCCCUCCCUCCCCUUCCUCAGGGCCCUGGCCCUACCUGUGUCCCCUGUGUCGAGGGGCGCCAGCGUGCUGCCCCUCACUCCUCCCAGUUUCCUCCGACAGAGGCCCCGUUGCAGACGCUUCACAUGGACGUGUGGGGCCCAGCCCGCGUCCGUGGACAGGGUCACGAGCGCUACUUCCUGCUAGUUGUUGACGACUACUCGCGUUACACCGCAGUCUUCCCCUUGCGCAGCAAGGGUGAUGUCACUGAGGUGCUGAUCGACUGGAUCCGCGCAGCUUGUCUCCAGCUCAGGCAGAGCUUUGGCUCGGACUUUCCUGUUCUGCGUCUGCACUCGGAUAGAGGCGGAGAGUUUUCCUCUGGCCUUCUGAGAGCCUACUCUCGCGCACGGGGCAUCCGUCAGACCUUCACGCUUCCGGACUCUCCGCAGCAAAAUGGGAUUGCUGAGCGCCGCAUUGGCAUGGUCAUGGACGUCGCUCGUACGUCUAUGAUGCAUGCGGCUGCCCCCCAUUUUUUGUGGCCGUUUGCAGUCAGGUACGCGGCGCAUCAGAUCAACCUUCACCCAAGGGUCUCCAGGCUGGAGACCUCCCCAGCCUUGCUGUGGACGGGGAAGGUUGGCGAUGCGUCGGCGUUCCGGGUCUGGGGAUCUCGGGCGUUUGUCCGCGACUUGUCUCCGGACAUGCUGUCCCCUCGUGCUGCUCCUUGCGUCUUCCUGGGGUUCCCCCCUGUCGCGCCUGGGUGGCAGUUCUACCACCCCACCUCUCGCCGUGUUCUGACCUCCCAGGACGUCACGUUCGACGAGUCGGUCCCCUACUACCGCCUCUUCCCCUACCGCACUCCGUCCCUCCCCCCGCCCCCGCUCUUCCUUGUAGAUGCAGUCGAGCCUGUCGAGGUCACUGGUGACUCUGGUGCUGCUGAGGGUGCUGAGCGUGGGGGUGCUGUGCCUUGGGGUGCUGAGCCUGGGGGUGCUACGCCUCGGGGUGCUUUGCCUGGGGGUGCCGGGCUUGGGGGUGCUGAGUCUGGAGGUGCUCCGCCUGGAGGUUCUCCGGGUGCUUCGUCUCGCCGGGAGCCACUCUCUCCACAGGAGCUGCGCGAGUGGUUUGCUCGGCGCUGGAGCCGUGCAGCUGGUGCUGGAGGUUCUUCGGCUACUGGGGGUGCUGAGCCUAGGGGUGCUGAGCCUGGGGGUGCUGAGCCUGGGGGUGCUACGCUUGGGGGUGAUAAGCCUGGGGGUGCUGAGCCUGGGGGUGCUGAGCUUGGGGGUGCUGAGCCUGGAGGUGCUCCGCCUGGAGGUUCUCUGGGUGCUACGUCUCGCCAAGAGCCACUCUCUCCACAGGAGCUGCGCGAGUGGUUUGCCCGGCGCUGGAGCCGUGCUGCUGGUGCUGGAGGUUCGUCGGCUACUGAGGGUGCUGCUGUCGCGGGUCCCGGAGGUGCUUGUCCUGGGAGUACUGGAGCUGCUGGGCCUGCAGGUUCGACUGGAGCUGGUGCUGCUGAGGGUGAUGGCGCUGAGACUACCACUGGCGGUCCUGCUAGGGGUGCUCCUGUUGCUGCUGGAGGUUCUGGAGCUCCUGGAGGUGCUCUUGGAGCGGGUGCUCCUACUGGAGGUGCUGCUGAGAGUGUUGGCGCUGAGACUACCGCUGGCGGUCCUGCUGGGGGUGCUCCUGGUUAUGGUGGAGGUUCUGGAGCUACUGGUGGUGCUGCUGGAGCGGGUGCUCCUGCUGAGGGUUCUGGUACUGUCCCUGCUGCUUCUGGCGUCGCCACGCGGCCUCGACCGUACUUUGUUCCACUCCUACAGCAAGUUCUUGGUCUUCCACCUUCUACUGGUCCUCCUCCUCCCUUAGAGUGUCCACAGCCUGUCCCGUCCCAGCUACAGUUGCAGCCUACCUCCCCUUUGCCUGCUCCUUCUCCCUACACUGGUCCUACUGGAGGUCUGGCUGAGCAUCGUGAGCCUGCAUCUCGCCCUGUGUCCCCUGUCCGUGCUACUCGCACUAGUGGUCGCGGUUCGCGUCAGCGUCCUCCUCCUGUCCCUGGCACGCACCGGAUGUCUCUGCGUCCGUCCACUGCUCCUUUGCGUGCCCCUUUGCCUUCUCCUCCUGAGUCCUCUCUUCCUGCUCUUGCCGACCCCAAGUCGGACUCUCUUCGUGCUGCCAGUCCUACUGUCACGCGUCUCCUUGCUACUGUUGUCACUGACCCUUCUUUCGAGUCCAGCGCUGCGUCUGCCCUAGUUGCUGAGCUCGUCGACUUUGCUGCUCACUGUCGCCUAGACUACGCUGCUAGUCUUGUCGCUGAGUCUGAGUCUGUCUGUCCUCCGUCCGUCGGGGGUGAGUGUGCUCUUGGCACGGACGUCCUUGAGGACAGGCAGGAGGAGUUCCAGUGUCUGGCAGCCGCUUCACCUCAUCUCAUGUCCGUACAGCUUACCCCAGAGGGAGACCCGGAUGCACUUGACAUCCCGACUCCGCGCUCUUACGCGGAGGCGAUAGAGGGUCCCUACUCCUCUCAGUGGCAGGCAGCUAUGGAUGCAGAGAUGGCUUCCUGGAAGUCCACAGGCACCUACGUUGACGCUGUCCCCCCUCCUGGGGCGAACAUCGUCAGUGGCAUGUGGAUCUUCAGGGUGAAGCGGCCGCCGGGUUCUCCGCCUGUCUUCAAGGCGCGUUACGUGGCUCGUGGCUUCAGUCAGCGGCAGGGAGUUGACUACUUUCAGACCUUCUCCUCCACCCCGAAGAUGACCACUCUUCGGGUACUGCUCCACGUUGUUGCUCACCGUGACUACGAGCUGAACUCUCUUAACUUCAGCACAGCUUUCUUGCACGGCAGCCUGCACGAGGAGAUCUGGCUGUGUCGCCCACUUGGCUUCACUGGGUCUUUCCCUCCUGGUACCCAGUGGAGUCUCCGGCGUCCAGUCUACGGUCUCCGCCAGGCGCCACGUGAGUGGCACGACACACUGAGGACUACGCUUGCGGCUCUUGGGUUUGCUCCUUCUAUUGCCGACCCGUCGCUGUUUCUGCGCACCGACACCUCUCUGCCGCCGUUCUACAUCCUCGUGUACGUCGACGACUUGGUCUUUGCCACAGCUGACACUGCUGGACACACCUACGUGAAGUCCGAGCUGCAGAAGAGACACACGUGCACAGACCUGGGUGAACUGCGCAGCUACCUUGGCUUGCAGAUCACCCGGGACAGAGCACGCCGCACCAUUACCCUGACUCAGUCACACAUGGUGCAGCAGGUCCUUCAGCGCUUCGGCUUCACGUACUCCUCGCCUCAGGCCACUCCUCUGCCUACUCGCCACUCGCUCUCAGCUCUGCCUUUGGAUGAGUCCGUAGAGUCGAGUGGCCCGUAUCCAGAGCUUGUUGGCUGCCUCAUGUACUUGAUGACCUGCACACGACCUGACCUUGCAUACCCUCUUAGCAUUCUUGCACGCUAUGUUGCUCCUGGGAGACACCGACGAGAGCACAUGGCUGCAGCUAAGAGGGUGUUGCGCUCUUUGUGCAGUACGUCGGGCAUGGGGCUAGUGCUUGGAGGGUGGAGACCAGUGGUCCUCAGUGGGCACGCAGACUCUUCUUGGGCUGACGACCAGGCUACGCAGCGGUCGUCACAGGGUUACACCUUCAGCCUUGGUUCCGGCUCUGUUUGGUGGCGGGCUACUCGCUCGUCUUCUGUUCUUGGCUCCAGUUGUGAGGCUGAGAUCUACGCCGGGGCCAUGGCUGCACAGGAGCUUCGCUGGCUCACCUACCUGCUGACCAACCUUGGAGAGCCGCCUCGUUCUCCUCCAGUCCUGUACGUAGACAACAAGGCCAUGCUGGCCUUAUGUCGAGAGCAGCGACUGGAGCACAGAACAAUGCACAUUGCUCUCCGCUACUUCCUUGCUCGUGAGCUACAGCAGCGUGGACAGUUGCGGAUUGCGUACGUGGCCUCUGAGGCCAACACUGCUGAUGUCUUCACCAAGACACUUGCGCCUUGUGAUCAUCAGCGCUUCUGCACUCAGCUGGGUCUUGUGCCCGUCUUGCCUCACUUGCUCUCCUCUUGA